AUGCCCGUGCAGCAGCAUGUGCUGAACUGGCUGUACAGCAUCCUCACCAGCGAGUAUCACCACGUCAAUCGAACGUACGCCGAUGUCGCGCAAGCCCUGGCGCAGUGGCCGUCGCUGACCCCACGAACCGACGUGCACACUUUCCCCAACGGAUCCAGCGCGCUGCUUUUGCAUCUGGCUGGCACCGUCCCCGUCAACUUCCGUGGCAACACGUACCGAUUCCCCGUGUCCAUAUGGGUUCCGCACGCGUAUCCUCGGGAACCCCCUCUUGUGUAUGUCACGCCCACGGAAACAAUGGUGAUCCGUCCAGGGCAGCACGUCGAUCCUCAGGGUCAGGUCUAUCACCCCUAUCUUGUUGGCUGGGCUCAUUUCUGGGAUAAAUCAAACAUACAAGGCUUUCUGUCCGUCCUCUCCGAUGUCUUCGCCAAGGAACCACCGGUUGUAUCAAGGCAGCAACAGCAGCCCGCCAGCCAGACUCCGCGACAACAAGCUUCAAGUCAAACGUUGUCGUCGUCGUCGUCGUCGCCGCCGCCGCCAUUACCACCCCAUCCGCAACGGAUAUCUUCAACCCGUCCAUCUCACUCACUACACAGCUCGGCGCUGGAUUCGCCGGCUCCUCCGCCGGCGCCUCCGCCAAAGGAGCACCAAAACCGGCAACAGUCCCAUGCUGCCCCUUUCUCGUCUCCAACUGCGGCGGUUAAUCACCCCCCAACCUCGUCCCGGUACGACUCGGCUCCUCCACUUCCGCCCCAGGUCCAAGCUUCGCCUCGGCUAGAUCACCACCGCCAGCCUCUACCCGGGCCCCACCUUCAGCAGCAGCAUUCUGCUGCUCUACAGCCUCGCCUACCCCAUGUUGCUACCUCUCCAGGGCCUCAAGUCGUGACGAUUCAGCAAAUCCCGUACCAAGCCCAGACCCUCCCCCCUCAGCACGCUCCGCAAUGGCAGCUCCAGCAUCAACCACCACCGCCAGGCUACCUUGCUUCGGGGAUGACUGCGCCGUCGCAGCAGCACGCCCAGGCCCAAGCAGCUGCUCCGCCGCCUCCCAACAUCUUGGACGAACCGUUGACUCUGGGCAUACCCGCAGACACCGCGGUGGCACCGCCGCCAAUCCCCCUCAACCCUGAGAAGGACAGCCUCCUCCAGCAGCUGGCCCACGCAUUGUUUGCCAUACGGCAGCGCUCGCGGCAACAAAACGACUCGAGCAUGGCCGGCCUGCAAGCACAAAGGAACGCCAUGCAGCAGGCGAUGGCGGGCAUUCAUUCCGAAUCAAGCCAGCUCACGCAGCUAUCCAACGUGCUCGCGUCCAACACGCAGAUACUCCACGACGCCUUGCGGAAGGCGGAUGCGGUGGUGGAAGGGUCGGCAAGCCACCCGGCGCCGGACAUUGACGAGCUGCUGGUCGCCCCCACGGUGGUUUCGAACCAGCUGUACAGCCUGGUGGCGGAGGAGAGGGCGCUCGGAGAUGCGAUAUUCAUGCUGGGCAGGGCCGUCGAGCGAGGGCGCGUCUCGCCAGCUGUUUUUGCAAAGAUGACCCGGUCGCUGGCUCGGGAGUGGUAUUUGAAGAAGGCACUGGUGCGCAAGAUUGGCCAGGGCAUGGGCAUGGGCAUGGGCAUGGGCAUGGCAUCGUAG